AUGUUUUGUAAUGAUCCAUAAUUUACAUUACUAAAUAUUGAAGAAGAAUGGAGCAAUGUUAAUAAUAAGAUGUAAAAUCCAUUAAAUGUAGAACCAUGGAUUGGAAAUUAUGAUAAUAUUUUCAAAUAGGAUAGAAAAUAAAUAUCUCCUAAAAAGAUGCAAAUAAAAACUACAAUCAGAACAACAACUCAAACUAGAAGAAGAUCAAUAGAAACAUCUCAUCCAAGUCAUUAAGAUAGUUGUCCUAAGAUUGAAAUUAAAUCUUAUAUAUAAUCAUUUUAGAUGACUAGCCUAUCUCCUCGAAAAAAUUCCACUUAAAAAUAUAGAAAUUCUUGUGUCAAAGCUCUUUUUCAAAAAUCCUUAUAUAAUAAUAACUCAUUAACAUGGAAUGACUAUUAUAAAAUCAUUUAGAAGAAUAGAAAUGAAGAAAUUCUGAAUUAUAAUGUAAUCGGUUAUAAUAUUAAACCACACCAAUCUGAUGAAAAAUAAUAGGUUUUGAAUAAUUUUAGAAUGAAGUUAAAAUAAAAAACGAAAAACAAAACUGUUUAUUGA